GGCACUGAUGUGGACAGUUUUAGACUUGCCUGGAGAACGCACAGUGGAGCCACAAGAUGCGCACUGGGCGCUACAGCUUGGGAGGAGCUUCGGGAUUUUUCCUCCUCGUUCCACUCGAGUGAAGACUCGUUUGCAAAGGAGAUAUAGUGGAAAAGUUGUCGGCUCAGCUUUGAUCUGGCAUCUUCCGCGAAAAUGAGCCCACCAGACACGUCCAACAGCACAGCCGAAGGGGAGGAGAGUGAAACCGAUCCCUUAAUUCUCCUCAACAACAGCAUGGAUUUCCAUACACCUGGCUUUCACACUGACAUCACAAAACACGUUGGAGUUCAGAUCACAUUAAUCACAGCAUAUUCUCUCAUCAUUCUGCUGGGGCUGCUGGGGAAUUCUCUUGUCAUCUACAUGAUUAUUCGCUACAGGAACAUGCGAACUGUGACCAAUUUCUUCAUAGCUAACCUGGCCCUGGCAGACCUCCUGGUGAACACUCUCUGUUUGCCCUUCACUCUGAUUUACACUCUGUUGGAUGAGUGGAAGUUUGGGGCUGUGUUGUGCCACAUGGUUCCCUUUGCCCAGGCCUUGAGUGUGCACGUAUCCAUCCUGACUCUGACAGUCAUCGCUUUGGAGCGUUACCGCUGCAUCGUCUUCCACCUUGGUCGGCGCUUGACUUGGCACUCCAGCUUCCUCAUCAUGGCCUUCACCUGGACUACCUCUGCUGUUCUGGCAGCACCCUUGGCCAUCUUCAGAGAGUACCGCCAUGAACAGAUCCUGUCUAUCAAUAUGGAUUUUGCGGUUUGUUCAGAGAAGUGGCCCAAUGGUUCCAGUAGUGAUGGGGUCAUCUACAGCCUCUUCAUGCUGCUCCUACAAUACAUUAUCCCUUUGGCCAUCAUAAGCUACGCUUACAUCUGCAUCUGGGUCAAACUGAAGAACCAUAUCAGCCCGUCCAGCCGCAAUGACAGCAUCAACCGCCGCAAAAAGACCACCAAGAUGUUGGCGCUGGUGGUGGUGGUGUUUGCUAUCUGCUGGCUGCCAUUCCACGUGUUUCAGCUGGCCAGCGAUCUGGACCUGGUGCUAAGGCUAAAAGAGUACAAACUGAUAUACACAGUGUUUCACAUCAUAGCUAUGUGUUCAACUUUUGCCAACCCUUUCCUCUAUGGGUGGAUGAAUAAAAACUACAGGACUGGCUUCCUCAUGGUCUUUCGUUGUGAGGAUAAGCCGGAUUCUUUCCACCCAGAGGGCUCAUUCAGGACUCGCUCAAUAAGAGGUCUGACUCUGAAUGGUCGCAAUGGUGGACAUCCUCCAACUGCUGUGUGAGAUUAGCACCUUUGAAAAAGCCUAUUUAUGACUGAACACAUUGAAAGCACUUUCACGUUUGUGGUGCCUGUGAUACUAUGUAGCCUUUUGACUUGAAUGGUCUGAGCUUGAGUAUCUUUGUCACUGAAGAAGACAUCAAGGUUUGCAUGCAAAUCGUUUAAUGUAAGGCUUGUCCCUUCUUUGUAAAUGGUACUUGUGAGAAAUCAGUGGUUUAACCUAUUGAAAUAUGUGUUUAAAUGUUUUCUAUGUUGUUAUUUAACUUGCUCAGAUGUAUAAUGUGUUUCCUGUAACUGCAGAAUUAUUGUUGGUAUAUGUAAAGGUCCAGUUAAUUGUACUAUCGAUUGCAUAUACUUAGACCAUUAAUGUGUUCAUAUAAUGCAGGGAAAAGAGACUUUAUUGGUAUAGUAUUUUUCAUACUUGUUUUUCCAUUUGUUGGCUGUCCAGAACUUUUGGAUGAGUUUUGUUUAAUUAAUCCAAUUACUGCCUUUUGGAUGCAUUCAUUCAAUCUUCAUCUAAAGAAUCCAGAUAAGGCUGUCCAUGAUUUUUUUUCCAUCAAAGGAAUAAACGGCUCCAACCUGUCAAUCAGCUGUUCCUGAUUAAAUGGACCAGCAGGCCUCUGUGUCCAAAGAUAUGGGGCUAAAAACCACUGAACUUCAUAAAGUAAAAGGAACACGUUACUAAUAUCUUCACAGCUUUGAGGAUACUUAACAAGGAUAUUUGUUUAAUAAUGAACACGGGAACAUUGUAGAGACAUAAUCCAUGACUUUACCUCACGUUUCUCCAACAGUUUAUUUGACCUUCAGGAAAAACUAGUUUUUUGAGCCUCCAUGCCGAAUAAAAGGACAUUGGCUUGGAACGAAAAUAAGUAUACAGCAAGGUAUGUGCGACAAGGUCAUUCCAAAAUGAUACUGAACUCAGCUACCAUUAUGUUGAUUUAACAAAUUGAGUUAGCAGACAAGUGCAUCCACCCCUGUUGUUGUAACAGAGGAAAGAUAAAACCUCAAUUUGACAGUUGCACCAUCUACAUAGAGAAGGGAAGAUAUCCUACUUAAUAAUGAGGGAAUGCAGACACAAAGAGGUUCAUCAAAGUCAUACACCCAAAUCUUCCAAAUGUCAUCCAAUAAAGCAUUUAACACACAA